AAACGCUUCCAUGACUCGGACUUGCCAACUGAAGUCCUAUCCCACAUUUUAAACAACUGUCUCUCCAAACCCAGUGGCUUGUCGCCCCCAUAAAAUUGGACGUUCGAGCAACUUGAAGCACACAUUGAAUCACACCUGCCUGAUGCUACAUUAUCUGACAACGAGCUUUCACUGGACGACAAAACACUUCGGGUGAGGCUGACGACUGAGCAGGUUGACUCUGUAUCAGAGCAUGAUUUGCGGCGCCAGCACAGCCGCACAUUUUCUGACAAUCGCGGUGCAGAACAACGACAACAUGAGAGCAACGGACGGCCACACCCGCCAUGAUCAGAAUCGCGAUGAUGCCGCAGCUGCCUAUAUAUCGCAUUACUCCCAAGCUCCUCGUCCAGUCGCACCUAUACCGCCCACACCUCACAGCCAAACUGCUGCUCCGUCGCCAUUGAUAUCUAGCAUGCAAAGUAUGCAAGCCAGCCCAGCACCUCCAGUAGGCUCGCCUUAUCCCUACCCAUUCUCGCACGUUCGGCGCAACAACACCUACUUUGGCUAUCCCAUCCACACCGCGCCUUCGUCCAACUAUGACCCCAACCACUCAGUGAUUAAAGAGCAAGUCGCUCUCCAGAUGCAGAUGUACGCCCUGAACAACCACGCAAUAUUAUCCGACUCCACAUUCUCACCAUCGUCGACGCCUUUCCCCGGCCCAGGAUAA